UGGUCACUCGAAUUGGUUUAUUCCAUUCGUAGUCACCUAAAUUAGUUUAACAGUCCAAGUUCGGUCACCAUCCAUUAACCUCCGUCAGACUCCGUUAGUGUCCUCAGUUAACUGUUGAUGUGGCUAACAGAGAUGUCUAGCCACCCAAUUUUAACCCAAGAAAAACAAAAAUUGACCCGCCACGUCAAAAAAACCUGCCACCUCAUAUAAACACAACCCAACCUAAAAAAAACCAUUAACCCACCCAGAAAAAUCUACCCAUCUGCCUUCCGCCUCUCUCUCUCUUCCGACAUGGCUCUGUUUCCUCCAUCUCCCUCCUUCAUCUUCUCUCAACACGACUCCAGCAAGGAAGACGACUACGGCAAGAUCCAUCUCUUCUCUCGACUUCCGUCUCCAAGCAGCACCUCUUUCGUCGACUCUGCCAGCAGCCAAUUCUGCUCGACCAAGGCAAAAAGGGAGGGGGGAGAUAUCGAUGAUGGAGGGAGCCAGGGAUCUGGCGAUCACAUGGGGAGACACUCCCGCGUACUGGCGGUGGGAGAUGGACGCGAAUUCAAGGUUCGCCGGAGGGGAAGUGGCGGCGCUCGAAAUCGUGUGGUGGUUGGAAAUAUGGCCAAGAUCCAGACCCGGAGGCUAUCGCCGGGAACCACGUACGCGGCCUACCUGGUGUUCAAAUUGAUGGGUGGACCGUGGACACAUCGGGUUCGCGGGGCAACCCGUGAAAGUCAGGGUCGGGUUUGUGGGUGA